GUCACCGCAGUGCGUUUCGACAAAGCAGAUGCCCAAGAACUCAUCCACAAAUGGAGUAAAAACGAUUUGUUGCCACAAACGGAGUUCAAAUUAACAGACUUGAAAUUGUCGCAACGCGUUGCCGUUUUAAAAGAAACGGGAGUUGUUGCGAAAAGGACUUGGGUGCCUCAGAUUUUGCCGAAAACCAUGUUUGCCGUGAUCGAAAAUGCAAUUUUGGCGGGAAAAGAUAACGUUGCGUUCAAAAAUAUUGCGACGAUGGGAAAAGCAGCGCCGGAAAUCGAUCGAAAUUCGUUGGCGAUGAUGAAUUUGGAGUACGCGAAGUUGAAUUGGAAGCACAAAAAUGAGGCACUGGCAAGGCAAAUGUUUCAGGAGCUCACAAAAGGGCAUAGUUGUGAUGUUGUUACCAUAGAAGCGCAUUUUUUGCAUGGAUAUCAUGUGAAAAGUUCGAUUGAUGAUCCCAUGAAGACGUUUCAAGAGUAUUUUUUGAAGGCGCAUGAAAUGGUGUUGAGAUACGCGCAAAAAUGGAAGAAACUGGAGCAGAUGAGGAAGGGACAUUAUGAUGACGAUCAAGUUGGAAGAGAUUUGAAAAAACUCUCAUCAAUCUUCGAAAAAAUUGCAAAAUUUUUCGACAAGCAAUACAAACAUCUCAGUAAAUAUCUCGUCUCGACGGAUUACCUCAAACGCAAAAGUGUCGUUGAACGUCAGGAGUACAGCAUCGAAAAAUUGCGAGAAAAACAUCGUGCGAGUCAGCUGGAAAAAGACGAAAGAUCCCAACUUCGUGUCAUUGAAGCUAACUUCAAACUUGACAAAAAGAACUUGGAAAAGUACAAAACUGAUCGUGACACGUAUUUAGCGAAUGCCUUGCGGUACUAUGGAUACGCGUGUCGUUACAGCACCGACGAGAGUUUGCACAUCUUUCGAAUUGUUUCGCUUUUUUUGUCACAUAAAAAUGUAACAGCUGUUCGCGAAGUCAUCCAAGGCACCAUGGAAACCAAAGUCCCGCAAGAAAAGGAAGUUUUAACGGGAUUAUUUGACUCUUUACCGUCUUUCAAGUUUCUCGACAUCCUCCCGCAAUUGACAGCCCAUUUAUAUAACGACGAGAAACCGACCUACGUUGACGACGAAAUUUACAAGCUAUUACGACGUUGUGCCAUUGAACAUCCUCAUCACACGUUAAACCACAUAAUGUCCAUGAAGAACUCGUAUGCCGAUAAAUCGAGUCAGGAUCGUGGGCAACAAACAGAUUCACGAGUACGUGGCGCUGAGAAGCUCUUACAUGACAUCGAAGGCGUCAACGAGAGUCUUGGCACGAUAAUUUCGCAGCUCACGAGCAUGACAAAGGCCUUAAUUCGCAUGGCAAACACAAAAUUGCGCGAAAAUGCGGGAGAUUUUCAACUUACGAGAAAUACGGAUUGCGGAAUUUUGUCGCUGAAGAAUUUAAAUGCGAUUCAUUGCCCAACCUUUCAUUUGCCGGUGAUGAAAAAUGGAAAAUAUGAGGGCGUUAUUGUCUCAAUUGUCAAAUGGGAGACAAAAGUUGGUGUUUUGAACGGAAUUAAUGCUCCGAAGAAGUUCAAAUGUCUCUGUUCGGAUGGCGUUGUGCGUCCCCAGCUUCUAAAAGGCAACGACGACUUGCGACAAGAUGCGGUGAUGCAACAAGUAUUCAACAUUAUGAACGCCAUGCUUGCCCAGAACCCAAAAUCGGCUGAAAGACGCUUACAAAUCCGCACUUAUAAAGUUAUUCCGUUUUCACGUCGCUCGGGGAUGUUGGAAUGGUGCAGCAAUACAAUCCCAAUCGGGCCAAUUUUGAUGGAUUGUCACAAACGGUAUCGCCCGCAUGAUAAAUUUUCGCCAAAUGACGCUCGAACUCGCGUUCAGCACAGCGCGCCAUCCGACAAACUGAAAAUUUUCAAUGAAAUUGUCAAAAAUCUCAAACCUGCAUUCCAUAACUUCUUCUUGGAGCACUUUUUGACGCCAGGAACGUUAUUUGAGCGACAAUACGCUUACACAAAUAGUGUCGCAACCAAUUCCAUCAUCGGAUACAUCCUCGGAAUCGGAGAUCGUCACGUGCAGAACAUUUUACUCGAUAUCACGUCAACUGAAGUCAUUCACAUCGAUUUCGGGAUCGCAUUCGAGCAAGGAAAAUGUUUGCCGACGCCAGAAACGAUCCCAUUUCGUUUGACACGAGACAUCAUCGCUGGCAUGGGCGUCACGGGCAUCGAAGGAGUUUUCCGGAAAUCAGCUGAAAUUACGAUGCAAGUGUUACGGGAUCAUCAAUACACGAUUUUGGCGAUUUUGCAAGUUUUGUUGUACGAUCCGUUGUAUAUGUGGACUCUGACACCCGAAAAAGCGCGCAGAACGCAAUCGCUCGAAUGGGAACCGGAUGUCGUGACAAAUACCACAGCUGAGCGGGCACUCGAAUUGUGCAAAGAUAAGUUAAAUGGAGCGGAAAAUAGUUCGAUGGGCACGAUGACGAUCGAAAAUCAGGUCGACAAGUUGAUACGAGAAGCAAUUUCGCAUGAAAAUCUUUGCAAAUUGUUCCAUGGAUGGCAAGCAUAUUUAUAAGUUCCUUACGAAAGUUUAUCUAAAGAAAGAAAUUUUUACUAAAAAUCAAUAAAAUUUGUUAAAAAA